GAGGUAUAUUUGAUUUUCUGUCUCCAGAAGAGUUUAGUGAGGGGAUAAAGAAGACCGUUUUGCUGCUGACUCCAAGGAAGAUCUCAACAAUGGAGAGCCUAAGCAAUAAGGUGCAGAAAACAUGCUGUUUGUUGGUUCUGGUCAUUCUCUUUUCGCUAGCUUUGACAUCGCACAGCACACCUGAUUGCUGCCUCCAGAAGACUUGCUCAUGCCGAAUUUAUGAUCUUCUCCAUGGCUCAGGCAACCAUGCCGCAGGUAUUUUAACCCUUGGCAAGAGGAAGAGCAACUCCCUAAAUAUGCAGACACGUCUGCAGAGGCUGCUUCAGGGCUCAGGGAAUCAAGCCGCUGGUAUUCUCACCAUGGGCAAGAGGUCUCAAGAAACCAGAAAGAAUCCCUAUACGUUUGGUCAAAUGACCAGUAAUGUGGUCUUCAACACUCCAUCACCUCUUACUCUGUGUCCUGCAUUGAUGGAACCAGCUAACAUCAGCAAAGACAAAGGGGCUAUUUUCCCCCAAGACCCUAAUAUGUAGCUGUGUCUGAACCUGGAUGUUUCCAUUAAAUUCAAAGGUUUAUGAGACCCCAGACAAUGAAAUGACUGGUACCACCCCAACCCUAGAAAAUAUACCAAAUCUUUUAAAUAAUGGUCCCAGAUCUACAACACAUUGAAACUUCUGGUUUCUAUAUCCUAACAGCAGAUAUCUGUUUUUUA